AUGAUAUAAAAAAGUGACAUUGAAGGGAUUAUCUGCUAAGACAUAAUCGAACAAUACUAGUAAGAAUUCGACUUGCUCAAUGAUGAUUCACUUCUUUAAGAAUUCAACAAACUGUAAAAAUCCAACUUCCUCAAAAACAUUUUGCGUUCUUUUUACGUUUACAUCCUUGAAGAAGGAGACGAAAUAGUUAUUGAAAGCAUCGUCUAAGAUUCUAAGAAAAAUAUUAACUAAAUUAGAAAAGAAUUCAACGCCUUUACUAAAAAUAAAAAAUUAAACCAAGCAACUCUUCUUUCAUUCAUGAAAAGUAAGAGAUUUAGUAAGAUUUUUUACUACUACUUGAGCUAUUACAGCCUUGACUGGAUUAUGAAGGGAUCAAUCCAAGACGUUUAAACUCAUGUCUUGUGUAUCACCCACUUAAAGAGAUGCUUCCACUCUGAAGAUCUCAUAAAUUCAAUCAGAAUUUACAAAAAACACAUUUGA